AUGGGGUCCUCCGGGCUGCCGCUGCCGCUGCUGCUAAUGCUGCUGCUAAUGCUACUAAUGCAGGUGCUGGUGAGCAGCGCGCUGGGCUGGCUGCCCGAGGGGGCGUUUGUGGUGCUGACCGCCAGCUGGACGUUUCGGAACGACACUCCUCCGGACGACGAGGUCAUCUCCUCAGGGACGGAGCGCUCUGAAUGCGACUGCAUGACCGAAUGUCUGGUCAGGGACGACUGCCUGAGCUUCAGUUUCGGCGACGGCAGCUGCACUCUGUUCAACAGGAGGGGAAACGUCAACAGCAGCAGACUGAUGAACGGCACGGUGCCGUGGGUUCGCUACAGGAGAGACAUGGCCUACCUGGGCGACUGGUGCAGCUCUGACCACGACUGUUACCUCUUGACCUCGGGAGAGGUCACCUGCUGGGAGAACACGUGCUCCUGUCCCCCGGGAGAGUUCGCGCAGAACACCACCAUUUGUGGCUCCGGCCGGCCGGUGACCGGCCCCGGACAGUUCACCACGACUGAACCCACGGAGACCAGCAGCAGUCACGGAGAGCACCAGUCACCACCAGCAGUCACCACGGAGACCACCAGCAGGCAGUUCACCACUGGGCCCACGGCCUCCAGCACAGGUCCACCUACUGAGACCAGCAGCCAGGCGAACACCACCGUUCAAAGCACCACAGUGACCGUUGCCACCACAGAAACCACCACAAGUGUCGAAUCUGGAUGCGGUAUUCUGCUCCGAAUACGCCCACCUGCCCGACCUGGUUCUCGGCAAAGCAACCCAAGUGGCAAUGGAUCAACUUCCGUUACGCUGUGAACAAGGCUCUGUCCUUGUCGGCCUCGGAGACAAGGACAAGUAUUUCCGGAAUCCAGAGGUGAUGCUGUGUGCUCCCGUGUUGCCACCAUAUCGCGUAGACGAGGAGGACUGCGUCGACCUCACCGUCUCCGAUCCCAAACAGAACUGGGUAGUGGCCAAAGAGGACCUGACCGACUUUUCAAAGUGGCCGUUCAAAUGCCCCCAGCUUCCUGCUGCCACCAGCAUUGUUCGUCUGGAGUACAACACGGCCUCCAGUGACCAGAACUGGUUCGGUGCAACGUGCUGCCGUGUAAAAUAAACGCCCGUGGAUACCGCGCUGAACACGA